CUCUUUUUCACUCCUAUUAUUACUUAUUAGUAUUUAAGAAUAGCUAGACGUUAAUUGUAAGCCCUUUACUUUUCUUAUACAAGACGAAUAUAGAAAGAUUGAAAAUAAUUAAUGGCAUCAUCUUCAAGCUUGUACUCAAAUUCACCAUGUGCUGCGUGCAAGUUUUUGAGAAGGAAGUGCAUGCCAGAUUGCAUAUUUGCUCCAUAUUUCCCACCAGAAGAGCCACAGAAAUUUGCAAACGUCCACAAAAUAUUUGGUGCAAGCAAUGUGAGUAAGCUUUUGAAUGAAGUUCAACCUCAUCAAAGAGAAGAUGCUGUCAACUCUCUUGCUUAUGAAGCUGAGGCAAGGAUUAAGGAUCCUGUUUAUGGUUGUGUUGGUGCUAUUUCAGUCCUCCAAAGACAAGUUAUUACUCUCCAAAAAGAACUCGAUUCUACUAAUGCUGAUUUGAUUCGUUAUAAUGAAAUAUUGCCAAAUCAUGGAGGUUCUUCUUCUCCUCCUCCUCCUCCAACUUUUUACUAUCCUUCACCUUGGAACAAUGAUGAUCCACUUGGGGAUGCUUAUCACACAGGUGGAGGUGGCAAUAUAUAAUAUUCCUACAGGGAGAGGGUUCUUAUAAUUAUACAUGCACUAUUUUACUUGAUAUACAUGUCUAUCUACAAACAACAUUAUAUACACAAUAUAAUAUUUGUAUAAUGUCAUUCUAUAUGGUGUAUCUAUAUGUAUUAUAUUUAUAUUAUACGUUAUGAAAAUCAAUAUCUUCAUA